GAAAUCUAACAAGUGCAUAACAACUUCCUUAGCUCAACACGUACUUUAACACGUGGAGCUCUCUAGUUCUAACCUUCAUGUAACCCAACACGUGUCCCUUUUACACUUCCUAAUAACCCCAUUAUAUAAGGACAACCAUCUUACCUUAUUUAGUCAUAACAAUACCAAUUUCACAACCAUAAAAAGAAAGCUCAUAAUAUACCUAAACGUCGUUGUAACACAAAAAAAAAAAAUAGAUCAAAGAGUGCGAUAAUUUUCAGGCAGUUAAUUUGAUCCAAAUCCAAGAUGCAGACAGGAAAGAAAGCAGUGGAGUCCGUCAAGGAGACGACCGCGAACAUCGCGGCGUCGGCGAAAUCAGGGAUGGACAAGACGAAGGCGACUAUGCAAGAGAAGGUCGAUAAAAUGAAAGCCAAUGAUGAGUACGACAAAGCCUUGGCCACCGAGAGGAAGCAGGAGCGCUUGACCGAGGCCGAGCUUCAUAAGCAGCAGGCUAUGAGCCAUAAUGCUGCGGAGAAGAAUGCCAAGACUGCUGCUGCAGGAAAUACCGGAACUGGAACUGGAACCGGUUUAUUUGGUAGUAGUGGUGGUACUCAUACUACCACCACUACUACUGGGUCUCACACUCACUCCACCACUGGUACUACUGGUCUCCCCACCGGGACUCACCAGAUGUCCGCUAUGCCCGGACAUGGUACUGGUGAGCCUGCCGGUGGGUUUGUUGAGCAAGGGACUCAUGCUGUUGGGGCUCACCCUAUUGGUAGGGGGGCUAGGACCGCGGCCACAAAUCGGCAAACUGGUGGAGGGGCUAACACCGGGACCGGAUAUAAUGUUUGAUUAGCUAGGUAGUUGUUUUUCAUAGUGUGGUGUGGUGUGAGUGACAUUUUCUUGUAUUUUUAGAAGAGGUGUGUCACGUUUUCAUGCUUUUUAAUUAAUGUUUGGUGUAUUUAGGUAUGUAUUUUGAUGUUUAUCUAGCAUAAUACUGAGUAUUAUGUUUUCUAUUGUUGUUUUUGGUAUGAAAUAAAAUAGAGAAAAAAAAAAAAAAAAAAAAAAAAAAAGGUUUCCUUUGGCUUGUAAUUCAUUAAUCCAUCACCACCUAUGUUAGUUUUGAAAUUUAGAGUCAUUUCACUCA